UCAGUCGUCGACGGGAACGCACGUUUGUGUUUUCGCGGACGAGAUUCGAAUUUCGAUGUUUUGAAUCGAGUUGUUUUGUAGCGGUCUUUCGAUCAUCUUAGAAGCGUUAAUAUAUUUUAAUAAAUGUUCUAAAAGUUGUUGCAACGUGACAACCUAAAGGUUUUUUUAAAUUGUGAUAUUCCGUUCAGUUUUUCACAAAUAAUUAUGAGUACUUCUUUCAUAAACUUGUGAAAUGUGUUUCUGUAUUUAUAACUACUUAAACAUAUUAAGACGAUGUACACAUCUGGAUAAUAUAAUGAUAUCAAAUUAGAAUGACGGAAUUUGAGGGGUAGUCGGCUGUAACGCCGACCUGGCAUGAGGCGUUCGCACCCCAUUCAACCCCUAAACUUCCCCUCCUCCUUCUGGGAAACCUUGAAGAUAUCCUUAAAACUCCUCAUCCUUGUAUACCUGCUAUCAUUACCCACAAACUCACAAAUGACUUUCAAAUCAUUCAACGGAAGCUACCACGAAAAAUUUAGCAUCAGUGAUUUUACUGAUACGAUUAAAGAAAAAAUCAAUGACGAUGUUAAAUAUAUUACAGUAGCUGAUAACAAUUAUCAAAUUCUAUUAAAUAGGUUUCGUAGAAAAAGCAAUUCGUCAAAACAUAACCAAGACACACACCAAAACAAAUCAUUUGAUUUCAUAGAAAAUGACACUUCAAAAAGUAUACAUGAAAAGAUUCAUCAAGAAAGUAAUAAUUCAGAUAAUACAAGAAUUUAUAGAGAAAUUGAGAGGAAAGCUAAGACCGAACACAGCAAUUCUAUGGCCAAGUUAAGAGUCGACGAUGCAACGAGAAAUAAAAUAUUUUACGAUUUCUCUAAAACCAUAAAUAGAAAUAGCAACAGUGAAAUACUUUAUGAAGAUUCAGAUAUGAAUAAUCUAACUACUGAAAUAAAUUUUGAUAUAUUGGCAUAUUUAGAUGAAACAAAAAAGACAUUUAUAAAUGAAUCUGUAGAAUAUCCUUUUAACCUGACAUCCGAUAUCCCCUCCAUUUAUAAACUGUACACUCCACGAUCAACUUCAGUUAAUGACCUGUCAAAAACAACUUCAAAACGAGUGGUAUCCAUCCUCGGACUUUUUGAACUGUCAGUCGGAAGGUCUCCUCGAGUUGAUGGUGCGUCCGAGCUUGCUGCGGCGCGUCUUGCAGUCCGACACGUGAACGAGAGAGACCUGCUGCAAGGAUACACGCUGCAACUCAUUACUAAUGAUACUGAGUGCGAUGCAGGAGUGGGCGUGGACCGGUUCUUCCACGCGCUGUACACGGAACGAGCUUCCAGAGUGGUAGCCCUGCUGGGCACAGCAUGCUCCGACGUCACCGAGAGUAUCGCCAAGAUCGUGCCUUACUGGAACAUCGUGCAGGUGUCGUUCGGGUCCACCACCCCAGCGCUGAGCGAUCGCUCCCAGUUCCCGCUGUUCUCCCGCACCGUGGCUCCCGACUCCUCGCACCACCUGGCUCGCAUCGCAUUCAUCAGACGGUUCGGCUGGGACACGGUGACCGCUUUCUCACAAAACGAGGAAGUGUAUUCGCUGGCUGUGAACGAGCUGGUGACGCAAUUGGAAGCUGCGAACAUCACGUGCGCUGCUUCCAUCACCUUCGCUGAGACUGACUUCAAACAACAACUGCUGCAACUAAAGGAAUUGGACACUCGAAUAAUAAUAGGCAGUUUCUCCCAGGAAAUGAUUCCAAAGAUAUUUUGCGAGGCCUUCAGACUAGGCAUGUUCGGUGCGGAGUACGCUUGGCUUGUGGCUGGAGCGCCUCCCAGGGUGAGAGGGAACCCACCGUGCACCAGGGCUCAACUGGCGAAGGCUCUUGAGAGUUUGGUUACCGUGACCACCUAUAGAGGGCUUGGUGACGUCACUUCUUAUUCUGGAUUGACGAAUGAAAUGUUCCAUCGUGAAAUGAAGACGGCAGGAGUAGCGGUGUCAACAUAUGCCCCUCAGACAUACGAUGCAGUGUGGGCCAUAGCGCUGGCCUUGAGCAAGGCCGAGAGCAUCUGGAGGAGUGAGGAUGUGACUGAAGAUAAUAGUACGUUACAUAAAGGGGGUUGGGAGAUGGGAUUGCAGUAUUUCGACUACGAUAGAAAGGACAUGGCUGAAGUUAUACUGUACCAGCUGGGAAAUUUGAGCUUCUUGGGCGUUUCGGGUCCCAUAUCAUUCAACGGCGCCGAUCGCAUUGGAACCUCUGCAUUUUACCAAAUUCAAGGUGGUCGUCCAAAACUAGUGGCCCUUUACACAAACGGUCGCGAACUGCCCUGUCCGGAAUGUUCACGCGCGCAGUGGGCAGGCGGAGUGCCUGCUGCUAGGAGAGUCUUAGUCUCUAGACUGGUGUCUGUGUGGCCGCCGGCUAGGCUCGCUGUGGCCGUGAUGGCGGCUACAGGAGUUGCUUUAUCGUUGGCGUUCUUAGCCUUCAACUUGCAUUAUAGCAAACGACGGUCGAUCAAGCUAUCCUCCCCUCGGCUGAACAACAUGACACUAACAGGCUGUGUGCUGGUGUACACAGCUGUUGCUCUAUUGGGUGUUGACAGCGCAACUCUUCCGUCACACGUUCCGUUUUCUGUCAUGUGCACUGGCCGCGUGUAUAUUCUGUCCGCUGGUUUCUCUCUGGCUUUCGGCUCCAUGUUCGCCAAGACUUACAGAGUUCACAGGAUAUUUAUAAGCAACCGAAGCGGCGUCUGCAAGACGAAGCUCCUCCAAGACACGCCCCUCAUAUCCCUGGUCUGCGCGCUGCAGUUCAUCGACGGCCUUAUCAUCACGCUGUGGGCUGUGGUCGACCCCAUGGAGAGGCAGCUCAGGAACCUCACUGCCGAGAUUAGUGACACUGAUCGCAGUGUUGUCUAUCAGCCACAGGUAGAAGUAUGUAAAUCGCAAAACACGACCGUCUGGCUAUCAGCACUGUACGCUUACAAUGGCCUUCUUCUUGUCGUUGGGGUCUACAUGGCCUGGGAGACUCGCCACGUCAAGAUUUCUGCCUUAAACGACUCCAAAUACAUCGGUAUCAGCGUCUAUUCUGUGGUGAUCACCAGCGCCAGUGUAGUGGUUAUUGGCACGUUGUUGGCGGAUCGACCUACCUUGGCUUAUAUUUCUAUCACCACUUUGAUUCUCAUCACGACCACGUCGACUUUGUGCUUGGUGUUCUUGCCCAAGAUUAUGGCCUUGAGGAGCAAAACUGAAGACGAUCCAGUGAUACAAAGUUUAGGGCUGCGAAUGGAAUGUAAGACAAGGAGAUUCGUGACCGACGAAACACAAGAACUGCGCUUCAGGAUAGAGAUUCAGAACAAGGUGUACAAGAAAGAAGUAAUAGCCCUGGAUAAGGAGAUAGGAAGACUGGAAAAAUUGCUAGCAGAACCGUUAGAAUCGAACAGCAGUUCAUCGCUGUCCAUAGCCUUGCACAGACGUACGGAACUAAACACGGUGGAAGAAGAAGGUCGCCGAUCUGACUCGUCGCACCGAACCACCAGCGUGAGCGGGGGCCUGCCCAUGCUUCUGCUGUCCGUGUUGCCGCCCGUCAUACCGCGCGCCAGCUGGCCCUCAGCCGAGGCCUGCCGCCCCAGGAACUCCGUCAGCUUCAGCUCGCAACCGAAACUGUCCUAUCGCAAAUCACAACCAGCCAUAGACCUUUACAACCUCUGCUUAACUCGACCAGAAAACCACGGUUUACUAAACCGAAUCAAGAGCUUCUUCGGCAGUCGACCUUCGAGCAGAAAAGCGUCAACUAUGAGUAUAGCUGACCCAUCUGGUUCGAGUAUCGCCAACGCUUUGAAACUACACGUAGGCAUGAUUGCCGGUCUAGUCCCAGGGAUAAGGAAACGCUCAAUGGUUGUCUCAUGCAACACUCUGAAUGUUCCUAAUCCAGAAUUGAGAUUACGUAGGGAAUCGUACGCGAAAAGCGGGCCAAUCAUUCGUGUCAUAGACGACGAGCCGUCUUGCUCAAAUUAUGAGCCAGAUAGGCGUGUCAGCACUGGUGGCAACAAAUAUGUAGCUGAACCAGAAACGAAGGUAAAUUUCGUGUUACCCACACCUCAUAAAAGGGCUAGGUCGCAUCAGAAUUCUUGCGAGAAAAUCAAAGGAUCGCCGAGAUUCCCCCACAGACUUACUCCGUCUACAACAAGCCUGACAACUAUUGACACUAGGAGGAAAACGAGUGCCGAUAGCGUGUUUUGUAUAUCAGGGAAGAGUCUAGACGAGUAUAGAAGGCACAGUCAUCAAAAUGUUUGUAGUCAAGGUAAAAAUGCACUAGAAAGUAGGUGGAAAAGUACUGAAGACGCACGGCCUGGGCCUUCUACGAGGCACUAAGUGCUAUUCUAAUUUAAUAUAAAAGCAAUAUUAUAUUUUAAAACAGAUUUCAAAGACAGUGAAAAAGCCACAUAAAGCAGACACGAUGAGGGAGAAAAACAUAUUACUGCUCUGUCUCAUUCCUCCGCGUGUAUUUCUAACACGGUUUCUCUUUCUUGUGCGAACAAUAUAGAUAUCAAUCAUCAUUUGCCUUACCUUGUCCCAUCAUCUGGAGUCGGCGAAAAAUGUCUGUUCCCUCCACAAUUCUCUAUCUUUUGCCAUAUUUGGAUCCACCCCCAGCAACCUCAUAUCCUCCCUGACACAAUCAUCCAUCUCUUCUCUAGGGCAUCUCUUCAUCUAGGCCUUCCUCGUCCUCUAUAUCCAUGUACCUUCCUACUUAAAGCUUUCCUUCCAUCACGUGUCCAAACCAACAGAGUCUAUUACAUCUAAUUUUAUCUUUUAUAGGCGCAACUUUCAAACUUCCUCAGAUAUAAAUAUUCCUUACCCUGUCCAUUCUUGUAACCCCGCACAUCCAGCGUAACAUCCGCAUUUCGGUAGAGUGAAGUCUCUUUUCGUCCUGCACUUUGGUGGCCCAACAUUCCGAUCCAUACAUAAUUACAGGUCUCACAACAGCUUUAUAAAUCUUACCCUUCAAGUUUAUCGGCAAGAUUGGGUCACAUAUAGUGCCGGUCACUGCUCUCCACUUCUGCCAUCCCGAGUUGAUUCGUCGCUUUACCUCCUUAUCCACUUCUCCGUCACUCUGGAGUAACGAGCCUAAAUACUUAAAAUAAGAGCAAACGGGUAAGAGGCUACUAGCAAUAGUGAGAGCUACUUUAUUUGAAUCAUCCCCAAAAUCACAGAACAGACACUCUGUUUUUGUUCUGCUGAUUUUCAAGCCAACAGAUUCCAAAACUUGCUGCCACAUAUUGAAUCUGUUCUGUAAAAGUGUACCUUCUUCCUCUAUAAGUAUAUCAUCUGCAAAUGACAUACACCAGGGAACCUCUCCUUGUAGUGCCGAUGUCAAAGCAUCCAUGACUAACAAGAAGAGGUAUGGGCUUAAAGCAGAUCCCUGAUGCAGGCCAACAGUGACACCAAACCCCUCGGUUACUCCGGCGACAGAUUUUACCUUCGUGACAGGUUUCUGGUACAUUGCGCGAACCAACUGGAUGUACUGAACUGGCACUCCUUUUCGCUUCAUAGCCCACCACAAUACUUCUUUAGGUACCCUAUCGGAGGCCUUUUCAGGCCAGGUAGGCCAGGUUUUUAUGUGCACUUCUGUAUUUCUCGACUAGUUGUCGUACCGUAAAUAUAGCAUCUAUCGUCCCCUGCCCGACAUAAACCCAAACUGGUUUUGAAUAACGUCCGUUUUAUUCCUUAACCUCUUUUCUAUAAUUUACUCCCAUACC